AUGUCAACAAAGACCGAGACUACAAGUGUAUCUACCCAAUUUCUAUCAAAUAUUAUCGGAAAACCUGUAAAUGUCAAACUUUACUCAGGAAUGCUUUAUAACGGGAGAUUAGAGUCCAUAGAUGGGUUUAUGAAUGUUGCUCUAUCGAAUACUACAGAACAUUACGAAAACUCUUCGAAUGGUCUCCUAAAGUCAUACAAUAGUGACGUGUUUCUAAGAGGAACUCAGGUUAUGUAUAUUAGUGAGGUAUAG